AAUGCUUGCUACACUAUUAAACUGUCAAUUGUAAUUGUAUGUCAAAUCAAGAAUAGCAAUAAACUAAACUUAUAAUAUUAUAGCAAAAUUAUUUUUACAUUCUCAUCUUUACAUAGAGCACAAUAUUGGCACACCACCGAUCUACAUAGUGAUUAUAUUGGGAUGAGAAUAUUAACUCACACAGUUAAUUGAUUACCCGGGACACAUUCGUAAGUUAGAAAAUGGAUAAUCACAUUAGAUUCUUUGAAGAUAUCUCAAUGCAACGUUAUAAAGAUGAAGGUGUUGUGACAAAUACUUCAUUAGACCAGAUAGAAGUUGAAGCAAUGAUUUUAAAAUCAUAUAGAAAAUUCGAGCAGAAUGCAUCAAUAGAUCCAGAUUUACCAAAGUUGAACAAGACUGCUCAUAUAAAAUAUUUACAAGAAUCUUUAGUAACUUUGCCUCAGAGUUAUGCUUGCUUAGAGGCAAGCCGACCCUGGUUGGCUUACUGGAUACUUCAUUCUCUUUGGACAUUGAAAAGUAUGCCCGAUGCAGAAACUUUAUCUAAAAUAGUGAAAUUUUUGUCUAAAUGUCAACAUAAGGAGGGUGGAUAUGGAGGGGGUUAUGGACAGCUUCCACACCUGGGCACAACUUAUGCAGCUGUUAAUGCCCUUAGUAUCAUUGGUACUGAGGAAGCAUAUGAUUCUAUUGAUAGAAGCUCUUUACAGACAUUCUUGUGGACAGUUCGGGAUGUUGAUGGUUCAUUUGCAGUACACAAGGGAGGUGAAAAAGACAUUAGGGGUGCAUAUUGUGCAAUCAGUGUUGCUAAGCUAACCAAUAUAUAUACUGAUGCAUUAUUUGAUAAAACGGCUGAAUGGAUUGUAGGUUGUCAAACAUAUGAAGGUGGUUUUGGUGGUUGCCUUGGUAUGGAGGCACAUGGGGGAUAUGCAUAUUGUGGUAUAGCAAGCUUAGCUUUAUUAGGUAGGACUCAGCUGUGUGAUGUUGAUGCCUUAUUAAGGUGGUGUGUUAAUCGUCAGAUGAGUCUAGAAGGUGGAUUCCAAGGAAGAACAAACAAACUUGUUGAUGGCUGUUAUUCAUUUUGGCAAGGAGCUAUAUUUCCUAUAAUUAGUGCAAUACUAUCUCAAGAUGACAAAGAAAUGAUGGAAACAGUACUAUUUAGCCAAGGUGCCUUACAAGAGUAUGUAAUAGUCUGUUGUCAAUCUCAAGGUGGGGGAUUACUUGACAAACCAGGAAAGCCUCAUGACUUAUAUCAUACUUGUUAUACUCUAAGUGGACUAUCAGUGGCACAGCAUGGAACAGGAGCUUUAGAUCCAUAUGUAGUAGGUUCUCCCAGAAAUGAGUUGAAUUCAAUACAUCCUUUACAUAAUAUUGCCCCUCAUCUUGCAUACAACUCUGUGCAUUAUUUCAUAAGGCAUCCUCCUCCCGUUAAGGAUAACAACUAAUAAGAUAUUGCCUUUGUAUUUAUAAAUUUUUUGAAUUGUAACACACAAACAGAUUUUUAAAAAUACCAUUAAAAUAAAAAUUCCUCAAAUGUACAUUUGUAUGCAUGCUUUUCUAAAUUAAAAUGCAUAAUUUACUUCUUCAAGUAUUGAAUACAAGUUUAAACACUGCUUAUUUGACUAGAUAUAUAUGAUAUUGGUUUUUCUGAAGAUAAUCUUCUUCGUUGUAUUUUGAAUUCAGUAAUACUGAACUUUGUCCUUAAAGUCAUUUAGAGUGGGUCAUUUAAGUAAAAUAUCAUGUCGUAAUAUUUCCCUUAUUUUUACAUGUUCUAUAAAAAUAUUUUACAGUGUUAUUUUUAGAAGUUAAUAAUUAUAUCAUUUCUUUGUGACUCUGGAAAUAAUAAACCAUUUUCUACAAAGGUA